AUGGCGCCACCACAAUCCACACAGACCACGCGCUCGCCACCCCGACCUUCGAGCGUGUCUCUGCGCGCGCCCCGAUCCGCCAGCGUGCAGCAGCUCGUCUCGAGGUGGGAAACGCAGCCCGAACCUACAGCCACCUCGACAGCAUCAGCAUCUUCCGCAGCAUCCGCCUCGUCGAGCUCGCCGCUCCUGCGCGCCAACGCCGUCAUCGCAACCAACGGCACUCUCGGCCCGCUCGACUGGACGCCAAAAUACGGCUUACCUGCUCCGCUUACCCGUGUCUCAACCAAAAUCACCGCCUCGGACCCUCAGGAUCCCUCUGCUGAUCAGCAGCAGCAUCGCUCAAGCCGUCCACGCAUACCUCCUGCAUCUCCUCGCGGCCGUCAUGUGAUGCCAUUGCGCUCGGUGCACCCGGUGCCCACCAUCCCUUCUCCUUCCUCGCCCUGCUCACCCCCAAUACACACCCUUCCCGAACCAUCACCACCUUGCGCUUCUCGCACGCCAAGCUCGCCGCCAUCAACGCUAGAUUCUGCAACCUCCAAGCAUACUUCCAAACCUCCUUCGACUAUACCCGCGUCUGAUCGCGCAAAGUUUGCCCCUCCUUCCAGCCUCGCCUCGCAAGCACAGUCCAAGGUCGUCCCCGCACCUUCGACCACCCGCUCGAGUCAAGAUGCUCAGUCUCGUGUCAGAGAUUUCUCGCCUCGCGACACAAACAUCGACCGCCACGACGGGCUCGGCAAUGCUUCACACACACAAGGCAUCUUUGACCUCGACGCAAAGGUGCCACUCGGAACAGGACGCUUCUUGCCGUCUUCCUUUCGACGCAACCUCCCCGACCAAGCAGCAUCCAUCCCAGAGCGCUCCAGCUCCCAUCUCUCGGCCCCACAACCUACACACGAGCAAUGGUCGCCGGAGGAGGCGAGCAGCAUCCCCUUGCUCCCGUCGGCCCACGCAGCCGACUCGGAGGCCUACAGCUCAAAGACCAGGGGCCAAGCCGCGCAGUGGAGGCAACUCGUCUCGGAAGAGCUCGCGCAGAACGCAGUCUGCUCCAACGUCGACGCCCAAAGGCUCCCCAUAUCUGCCGACGAGGUCUUCAAGCGCGACGCUCCUCCCAUCGAUCUCCCGGCCCUCGAGGAGUAUCUUCGCAAUCCCAUCAUCUUUGGUGACCCUGGCUUCACCCCAUCCGACCAGGUCUGCACAGACCAGGAAAAGCUGCUCUUCGGUCUCGACGGUGCCGUCCUGACCCAGAGCCUCUCGUCGCCCGUCAAGCCAUCCUAUCUGCAUAGCUCCAUCGGCCCUGCCUCACCCAGCAAGAAGAGCCGCUUCAGCUCCAAGUCGGCUCAUCUCGAAGUUGCUGGCGGUCAGAUCAGCUGCCCCGCCGUGCUCUACUCGUCCAGCGUCGACUCGGACGUAAGCGGAAGCAGCAAAAAGAAGAGCGACCUCCGACAGCGUCGCAAGGCGGCUCAGACCAAGCAGCUGCCUGCUCACGACGAGCCUCAGACAAGGAAAGGCUUGGCUGAUCACCACAAGGAUGCUGACGACGAUUCCGACCCUCUUCUCGAGGAGGUCGCGUGGCAACACAAGGGCGACCUCGGCGCACACCAGCGCGCCGGUCAAGAGACGCUGAAUCCGUUCGAGGAUAUCCACCAAGUGCCGUCUCCUGACUUCGACGACGACGCCACGCUCAUCGCUCAGGACUCGUUCGACGCAGAACAAGUCGUCAGCCGCAUCUCGGCCCGCCUCACCGAGUCCCAGCAGACAGGCGCACGUAAAGACGCCCCCUCGAGCAAGUUCUCCACCUCGUCGCAUCCCAUCACCCGCAAGCACAUGUUCCCGCCGCUCAUGCUUCUGAAAGAAAACAACCUCGACGAGCUCAAGUCCAACGCCAUCGGUCCCAGGAAGCCGCCCGGAGGCUUGUGGGCCGUCGGCUGGCUCGGCAUCAUCUUCGACAUGGUGAUCGGCGUGGAGGGUAGCACAUUCGCAGCCGGCAUCCUUCGGCUCGAGACGCUGCGCGAUCUCUUCCAGAUCAUGACCAUCCAGCUCCACUUCCAGCGCUAUUUCGACAGCAGCGAUCCCACCAGCACUUCGAGCAAGGUCUUCAAGUUCAUGCUCCAGACCCUGCCCGCCUUUCUCGGAUUCGACCUGGUCUCGGUGUUUGGCUACGCAGUCAUCUUCUUCGUCAUCUGGAUCUCCAUCACCGCCCUCGCACUGUGGCGCUUCUGGCACAUGACCAAGGCACACAACCCCAACAAGACCGUCGAGGGCUUCGACUCGCAGGGCUGGGUCUACAAGAGCGCAUCGCGCGGCACGCGCUUCGCCAACACCUGCCUCGUCUUUGUGCUCGGCCUGCUCUAUCUGCCGCUCAGCAAGCUCGCCGUGGAUGCGCUGGUGUGGUCGAGCGACUUUUGGCCCGUGCCCAAUCCGUACAAGGGCGGCGUGGACCAUCCGGACCCAGGGCCGUUGCUCGGCGAUCCGGACAUCUGGCGCGCGCCUCUCGACUUUUGCUACACCACCACGAUGCGCAAGGAUGCCUUCAACUGGGCGUAUGUCGUGAUCCCGCUGGCUGUGCUUACCAUCCUCUUCUACACGCUCUGGUAUCCGUACAAGCUCAUGAUGACCAUCCGCGAGAUGCUGCCGCGCGUCAGCGCGUACAACGAGCUCGGACGCAAGCGCAGCAACGAAGAGAUGCAGAUCUACUACCAGCGGCUGCUCAACCGCGACAAGUCGCCGUUCAACUUUCUUUACAACUCCUACCACCGCAAGUGGGGCUACUACAAGCCGCUGUACAUCCUGCUGUUCAAGCUGACCAACCUGCUCAUCAUCGGCGUGCUUGCGAAGGACAACUGCCUCUUCCGCAACGUGCGCACGCGCACCAUGCUCGUGGCGCAGCAGGUGACGCUCAUCGUCGUCAUGGCGGCGCUGCUCGGCAUCCACCUGCUCAUCAAGCCGUUCGUCGACAAGAUCGGCAACCGCUCCGAGAUGGUGUCGCGCAUCGGCUACGUGCUCACCGCCACGAUCGGGCUGCUUGUCGCGCUCAACGUGCAGGGCUCCACCGUGUACAACACCACCAUCCUCUACAUUGUGCAGGCGUUCACGUACGGCGGCAACAUCUACUUUGCCCUCAUCGGCAUGUCGUUUGUCGCGCACCAGGUCAAGCGGUGGCAGAGCCGCGUCGACUACACCAUCGACCUCUUUUCGCCCGUGCUCGACAUGACCAAGCACAUCAAGCGCCGCGUGUGGCAGGAGACGCUGUCGAUCAUCAUCCUGUGCGCGCCCGAGUACCACAUGCCGCUCGAGCAGGUCAUCGCCUUUUCCGUCUCGGACGACGAGCGCUGGCCGCCGUACCUGAUCGACUUUCGCGGCUCCGUCGCCGAGCGCCACAUCGAGAACCUCAAGAUCGUCAAGCAGAUCGGCAUCGACGCCUACCGGCGCGAGAUCGACUUUUCGCGCACCGCCGAGGGCGCGCACCGCCAAAAGCUGCUGCGCACCAUCCAGAGCGACUAUGCCGGUCCCGACGUGCACUGGCGUCCGCCGUCGCCGCCGUUCCCUUCGGGCGUCAUGUCGUUCUUCGGCAAGGCGUUCGUGGUGCCCUUCCCACCGACGCUCGUCAUGUGCUACGACGAAGGUACGGCGGCGAGCGUGGUGCUGACCAAGAUCGACGAGCUCGAGGCGUUUAUCGCGCAGAACUCGGAUUCGCGCGUGCAGAGCAAGCGCCGGGUGCGGCAGGCGCUGCGCGCGCUCGAGGGGCAGCGCGUGCUGUGUCCGCACGUCGAAAACGUCCAAGUGGGCGAUGCGACGAGCGGCAUGGUGUUUGUCGACAAGCUGUUCGGGCGCAUCUCGCGCCGGCGCCGCGCGUUGCCGCGCUUCGGCAUGCGCACCGACGCACAUGUGCAGACCGAGUACGUCCUGGCGACGCCGGUAUCGUACGUCGAGGGCACGCUCAAGAUCGAGCGGCGCAACGAGUUCGACUGGGCGGGGUACAAUUUCGACGGCGGCUUUGAGGUGUCGAUCGUCUUCGACGAGGGGCGGACCAAGGAUUCGAGCGGCGCGCUGAGCGUGGUGCGGCGGCUGCUGCAAGUGAGCGCCUCGCGCGCGUUUGGGCUUACGGAGGACUUUUCGAUGAACGCCUCGCUGUCUCGCUUCCUGCAGGACAACGAGAGGGUGGUGGUGUCGCGUGCGCCGCUGGUGGAGAAGAUGCUGCGCAAGUACCGGCGCGACUUUGAACGCGAGGCGCGCUGGAAGGAGCGCGUGCUGCCCUACUCGUUCCUCGUGGACGUGUUUGACAACGACGGCCUGAGUCCGCUGGGGCUGCGGAUGGCAUUGGUGGAGACGGGCUGUGCACGCAGCAUGCGCAAUCUGCCCGUGCUCUACGAGGGCUGUGUGACGCUCAUGUACGAGCGGCUGGCGGCGAUCAACCGGUCGCCCGUGCACCGCUUCUGGUGGAUGCUGUUCGACGAGCUCUGGCGGCUCAACAGCGCCGACUAUGCGCAGCUGCGCAAGCACCGCACCAGCUUUUCGCCGCAGUAUCCCUUGUCCAUCGCCUACCGCCCGCUGCCGCGCGCCGAGCUCGAGCGCUUCCUGGCACAGCGCGGGCUGUGGCACAAGAAUGGCGCCAAGGGCGGGCCGUUCAACCGCGGCAUGCUCAACCGCAUCUACUUUUACCUCAACGAGAUCGUCUUUGCGGGCCACCACGACGGGCGCGUUCUCAACCCGCGGCGCGGCUGGUCGCACCCCGACGCCGGCUCGCCGAACCCGUUCCUCGACCCGGUCAGCUCGGACCUGCGCCGCGUCGCCACGAUCAAGGUCGGGCUCGGGCACGAUGCGACGCACGCGACGCGGCGCGGUAUUUCCACGGUCGACGACACGUUCGACUCGAGCGGCGAUUCUGGCGGGCAUGCCGCAGGGGACCGGUCGUGGGGGAUGACGGCCAAUGCGUCGGUGCCGUCGCAGUACACGGGGGGUGGGACGGCGUAUUCGACGGCGAGCGUGGUGGUGCGCACGGCGUACCGGUGGGAGCAGCGGCUGGACGGCGUCGCCACGCACACGCGCUGGCAGCGCACCAGGCUGCGCGCGCUCCAGUGGCUCUCGCUGCACCCGGUCGAACUCAAACUGCAGCGCGAAAAGCUGUUUCUGUACCUCAAGCUCGUCGACACGCCCACGGGCCAGCGCUACGAGCUGCUCCGACCGAGCUGUCGACGCACCGACGACGACCGCACCUAG